UCGAAAGAGUGUAGAAUUGAAAAAAAUUUUCCGUGUGUUUCGGUCUCGGUGCAACUGCAAAUUUGUCCAGUUUAUUGGCAAAAUUUGGCCUUAAAACUAAGCCAUUUAAUGGCAAAUAGAAACAAUGGCCCCUUGGGGCAUCGCUGUACAUGAAAUUGGCCGAUUUUCGCCUAAGUUAAAUGCAUUAAACCAAAGUGAAAAUGUUGAAAGACUAAACGUUUCGAUCGAAUUUUCAACACGAACGGGGACCAUUUCUACUAUUUUAUUGGAAAGAAAUUUUUGUGAACAAUUUGGUUUUAUGAAAUCGAGUAACUUGCGUUUUUACCUAACUGCAAAGUGGAAAAGUGUUUUUGAUGCUAGUCCGCGCUCACGCGGCGUAUUAUGUCUCGUGAACCCUACAAUUCAGUUGCAGCAGUUAGCUCAGGUACAAGAAGUCCAGGCCGUACAGGCAGAAGGCUCACAGAGCUUCCAACUGUUGACCGUUCACCAUCACGAGAUUACGGAUCACGAGGCAGUCCACUAGGACGAAAAUUACGUCAAACCCGUUCAGAUAAUUCCUCCCCUUUGCACUACGGUCCCUCUUCAUCAUCAAAUUAUCACCAUCAUAAUUCUGUUGCAGCAAUGGGAAGUCCAUAUUACAGAGAUAUGGAUGAACCGACUAGUCCAGCUGGCGGAGGACAUCACCGAAGUCGUAGUGCGAGUCGACCGCCAAUAUCCCAUUCAAUGGACUAUCCAAGAACACGUUAUCAGUCGCUAGACCGUGGUGGUUUAGUCGACGUACAUGAUAGAGAAUUCAUUCCAAUCAGAGAGCCACGCGAUCGAUCUAGAGAUCGGUCUCUGGAACGUGGUCUAUACUUGGAAGAUGAACUCUACGGCAGAUCAGCUAGACAAAGUCCGAAUCCGAUGAGUAUGCCGACCGGUGACAGAGGCUACUUAGGCGAGCUGCACCACCAAAAUUCGGAUUUACAGCGUGAACUAGGGCAACUAAAAAGAGAACUAGAACUGACAAAUCAAAAAUUAGGUAGUUCCAUGCAUAGUAUUAAAACAUUUUGGUCACCGGAGUUAAAGAAAGAACGUGCGUUACGUAAAGAGGAAAGCGCCAAAUACAGCCUUAUUAAUGAUCAACUUAAGUUACUGAAUAGUGAAAAUCAGAAACAAGCAAUGUUGGUUAGGCAACUAGAAGAGGAACUUCGGAUGAGAAUGCGGCAGCCAAAUAUCGAAUUGCAACAGCAAAUGGAAGCAAUAUAUGCAGAAAAUGAGCACCUGACACGAGAAAUAGCUAUUCUGAGGGAUACGAUAAAGGAACUAGAACUGAGAAUUGAAACUCAAAAGCAAACACUAACUACAAGAGACGAAAGUAUUAAAAAGUUGUUGGAAAUGUUGCAAAAUAAGGGAAUGGGCAAAGAAGAGGAACGACAAAUGUUUCAACAAAUGCAAGCAAUGGCACAGAAACAGAUGUAUAAUUACAACUUGGGAAGCCCACCGACCGAUUUACUGGGUACAUGUAUGUACGGCCAAUCAAAUUGUUUUGGAAACACAUACAGUAAUUUAUAUGAUACCACUACGAAUCUGGGCCAAACGUCUCCGUUGCCACGUCGAAGAUACAGUAUAGGUGGCCUUCCAUCCGCUUCAAUGACUGAUUAUUUAACACUAAUGCAAAAUGCAUCCGAACAAGCACAUUUAUCUAAUUUGUUAAACGAAACAACGAAAUCGAUAAAUCGUUCACAGCAAAUAUUGGACGGAGGCCAUUUGUCAAGCGAUGGUAUAUCCAGCUAUCCAACUUUAAAUUGUGGUGAUCUAACGUCAUCCUAUCGAACUGAUAAUCUACUGAGCAUGCCAAUAACAACCAGUUUUUCAUCGCACCCGAACAUUUACUCUCAGCCAAACUACAAGAGUCAAUCGACAUUUCUAGACUAUUUAUCCAAUCCGAAACAAUUCUCGAAUGUUGCGUACUCGCGACCGACAUACAGCAAUCGUACCGAUCAAUACUUACCAGCGUGUCCAUCCAAUUUAUUCACUCAAACUCGAUUAAUGUCACAAUCGCGUAGCCAUAUACCAUUGCAUCAUGCAUCAAAUCCUGCACUGUCCCAUACAUCCAAUUGGUUUCCAUCACAUUUAAAAACUACCACAGCCGAUACAUACAACCAUAGUCUUAAAUAUCCACUUUCGGGAUAUUCCAAUCAACAUUUUGAUCAUCAUCACUAUCAAAUACCGAAACUAGAUUUAGAUUAUACAAAACAGGGCGAAACAAAACGACAACUGGAUGAGUUCCGUCUCGAAAUUCAACGAAGAGAUCAAGAAAUAAUGGCGAUGGCAGCCAAAAUGAAAACUUUGGAAGAACAACACCAAGACUAUCAACGACAUAUUGCCGUAUUGAAAGAGUCACUGUGCGCGAAAGAGGAACACUAUAACAUGUUACAAGUCGACGUCGAUGAGCUGCGAACCAGACUGGAGGAGAAAAAUCGUCUCAUUGAAAAGAAAACUCAGAGUACCUUAGGCGCUGUACAGGAUCGCAAUCGUAUGCAAAACGAAUUGACCGAAUUGAAGGAUCAUAUGGAUAUUAAAGAUCGGAAAAUUAACGUUUUGCAACGAAAGAUCGAGAAUCUUGAAGAUCUUCUGAAGGAAAAAGACAAUCAAGUUGAUAUGGCCCGCGCGCGUUUAUCAGCAAUGCAAGCGCAUCAUUGUAGUUCUGAGGGUGCACUGUCUAGCUUAGAAGAAGCUAUUGGCGACAAAGACAAACAGAUGCAACAGUUACGUGAUCAAAGAGAUCGUGCUGAAAAAGACAAGGAUGAAGAACGCGACUUGCACGAACGUGAAAUAACGGAAUAUAAAAUGAAAUUACAUUCAUUGCAAAAUGAUGUUGAAAAAUUGAAUAAUCGACUGGAUCGAGUAUUGACCGAAAAAGAUCGAUUAGAAUCGAAAUUAGAAUGUUCACAAAGUGAACUUGGCAAGUCGAAGGCUGAGCUGGAUAAAGCAACCACCGAGGUGGGAAGAAGUAGCGGCGAUUGGGAAGCGUCAAAACAACGAAUCGCUCGAUUAGAAUUGGAAAAUGAAAGAUUACGACACGACCUGGAAAGGUCACAGGUAGACAGAUACAAAUCGCAAGAUGUACAAAAAUCGUUAUCAUCACUUGAUUUCCAGACAACGUUCGGUCGAUCUACGUUAACCACUUCGCAGGAACUAGAUAAAGCUCAGGAAAGAGCUGACAAAACUUCGGCCGAAUUACGUCGUACUGAAGCUGAACUACGCGUCACAAGGGACGAGCCAUACCAAAGUUUUAGUGAUGCGGAACGAGCUCGUGCGGAAGCAGCAUCCUUACAAGAAAAACUUGAAAAGAGUCAAGGUGAAGUUUAUCGAUUGAAGGCGAAGCUGGAAAAUGCACAAGGAGAACAAGAAAGUCUUCGUCAAGAAAUGGAACGAGCACAAGGUGGAGUUCAGCGUAUUCACAGUGAUCGUGAUAAGGCACUAGCUGACCUGGAGAAAGCUCGUGAAGAAUUGGAACGAACACAAGCAACACUAGGCAAAUCUCAGCUGCAACAGGAAAAACUACAGAACUCACUAGAUAAAGCACAAACUGAAGUUGAUCAUUUGCAAGAGCGGCUGGACAAGAACACUGCCGAAGUCCGUCGUCUACAAAUCGAAAAAGAGAAAACCAUGUACGACUUUGAAAACAUUCAAUCACAGCUGGACAAAGCACUUGGUCAAGCAGCCAGGAUUCAAAAGGAACGCGAAUCGUUGGGAAUGGACUCGGAAAGGUUGAAGGACAAAGCAGAAAAGGCACAAGCGGCAUUAGUUCGUGUGCAGAAAGAACGAGACGCUUUGGCUGACGAGGUUGACAGCUACAAGGAACGAUAUGAAAGCAACCAGAGUAUGGCGAUGAAGGCAGUACGUGAUAAAGACCAACUACAAACAGAAUUAGAAGUGGUGAAAGAUAGGUGGGAAAAAGCACAUAUGAUACACCAAAAAUUGCAAAUGGAACGCGAUGAUGCUUGCACGGAAAUUGACAUUCUCAAAGAAAAACUCGAUAAGGCUCUGUAUACCACUCAGAGGCUCAUUGAAGAAAAAGAAAAUUCAAACAAGGAGUUCGAAAAGAUGCUAGAAAAAUAUGACCGAUCUCAAAACGAAAUCUAUCGCAUUCAAUCGCGGGCUGAUACUUUCGAGGCCGAUCGUAAUCGUAUAGAAGUUGAAGCCGAAAGAGCAGCAAUUACUGCGAACAAAGCUCGUGAAGACUUAAGAAAACUUCAAGAAGAAAGUUCGAGACUGCAGGAAGCAUGCGACCGAAUAGCAGCACAAUUGACCAGGUCCAAAGAAAUCGAGGAGAAGGCAAGAGAAGAAUUGGAAAUUACUAGGGAACGAAUGGAGAAGACACAAACCGAUUUCCGUCGUUUGACUGGUGAAAAAGAAAUGCUUCAGACAGAAUUCGAACGUGUAUCGUAUGAACUUGAAAGAGCCAAUCAUACUCACGUUAAGAGCAACGCUGCUUUAGAUGCUGCACAAGAAGAAGCUGCUAGAUGCAGUCUGGAAUUAGACAAAAUGCGAGAACGUUACGAGAAGAGUCAGUCGGAAUUGAGACGAUUGCAAGAACAAGAGUCGUACAGUAGAGACAGCCGACGAACGAAAGAAGAAAAUGAACGAUUACGUGAGCGCCUGGACAAAUCUUUGAUUGAGUUGGAGGCACUCAAAGGCAAAUCUCAAUAUGAAACCGAAAGUUAUGAAAAAUACAAAGAAAGAUACGAGCAAAGAGAGAAUGAAAUUCAAAUAAUUGAAGCUCGGCUCCAUGAAUCUACAUUGCAAUUAGAGUUGUCGAAGGGAGAGGUGGCGAAAUUAAUCGCGAACCAAGAAAAGCAACGCAGUGAAUUGGAACGUGCCCACAUUGAAUGUGAAAAAGUGCGCGAUAAGCAUGAGAAGUUGAUUAAAGAAGCUGAACGCAUGCGUACAAAUACGAAUGCUAUUAGUCCGGGAGUUGUGAAUCCUUCCGAUAGAGCUGAAGUUGAUAGACUUCGUGAUCGACUAGAAAAGGCUCUACAAACACGAGACUGUACGGAACUUGAAGCUGGCCGUCUCGCCAAAGAGCUUGAGAAGGCUCAAUUGCAUCUCGCCAAGCAACAAGAAGCAAACGAAUCGACACGUAUAGAAUUCGAACGAAUGUCUGCUGAACUUAGUCGAUUCCACGAACGGCUGGAACGAUCCGAAGCUGAAAAAGAGGCACUCAAGCAAUCUUCUAAAAUGUUCGAAAAACAGAACAUGCAUCAAGGUCAGAUCAAGGAGACCAUCAUGAAAUUGGAAGCAGAAUCGAAGCAAUUGACAGUCGAAAGAGAUCAACUAAUUCAACAGUUGGAAAAGAGUCAGGACAUGCUCAUGAAUUUCCAACAAGAAUUAAAUGCUACCGAGCAAGAACUUCAACGUCAACGAGAGGAGAAUAAGAGAUUACAAAAAUCACCGAAUCAACAUCCGAACACACCGGAAACUCAACGCUUACAAGCCGAAAUUCAUGCACUCAAGCAAAGGUUACAAGAAACUGGUGCCCGAGGGGAUAAUGAACUGGAACAAUGGCGAAAAGUGGUUGAACAAGAAAAGAACCGUGCCGACCAAGCCGAAAAGGCAGCCACCGAAAUGCACAAACAUGUUCAGGCAAUGGAAAAACAAUUGCAACAGCAACAGCAGCAGAUGCAACAAAUGGCGGCCACCAUGCAAAAACAACAGAGUCAGCCGCAACAAGCGAAUAACAUUCAACAGAAUACUCAAGAAAUGGAAAAAUUGAAGAAGGAUCUGCAAGCAACCAACGUCGAAAAGGAAAGGUUCCAAGCACAAUUAGAGAUGUUGGUUCAAGAGUUGGAGAAGAGUCAGCUGGACCUGAACGAAGCCAAUAAGAAACUUCAAUCGGCCCAAGCAGCAGCUCAACAAAACAAUGUAUCAAAACCUAUAGACGAUGCUCAGCGUAAACAAAUUGAAGCCCAACUGAAGCAAAUGGAAGAAGUCAAAAAACAACUCGAUGGACAGGCCAAGGCUAUUGAAAGCGAACGGAAAUUGUUUGAGGAACAAAGGAAAGCGAUCGAAGCCAAGAGGAAAGACAUCGAAGAUAAGGAGAAGAAAUUGGUCGAAAUGGAUAGGCAGCUGCAGAAGAGAAAAGAGCAGAUGGACCAAUUAGAAAAGUCACUGCAAAAGGCUGGCGGAACAGCAGCCGCUGCUGGAGAACUCAACAAGAAGUUAACAGAAACUCAGAGACAACUCGAAACUGUACAAAAACAAUUUGAACUAGCCAAAGAAGAAGCAUCGAAAUCAUCUCAAGAAACCGAACGACUUCUUCAAGUUGUGCAAAUGACUCAGGAGGAACAAAAUGCCAAGGAAAAAACGAUUAUGGAUUUGCAACAAGCCCUUCGAAACGCUCAAGCAAAGAUCAAAUCACAAGCGCAACAGCAACAGCAAGCAGACAAUCUUAUCCGCACGAUUAGCAAUAAUUUGGAAUUGGAUUUGCCUAAUUGUGUGAUAAUGGAACAACUAUCGACCGAAAUGGAUGAUGCAGAAACGUGUGAAAUAUGGACGGAAAAACUUUUCGACAAUUUCAAAAUUAUUGCCGAUGUGAUGAAAGUUAAGUUUGAACAAAAGUGUAGCUUGGUAAACAGUAAACAGGAGAGAAUUUUCGAGUUAGAAAAUGUUCUGAAAACGAGUGUAAAAAUAGCGUCAGAACGAGAAACUGAAUUCCAUCAACUGGUUCAGGUCAAGGAGGACAUGGACGUUAAGGUGCACAAGCUUGAGCAAAGAAUUUUGUCCUUACAAAGCGCCAAAUUCCUGCGUUGUUCGAAAUGUCAACGAUACCAAUCCCAAUUCGAAAUUAUUGUGAACAAAUUAGAAAAUUAUUUGCUGGAUCGUCGAAAUGAUUGGAAUGAAUUGAAUGAAACAAAAAGAGAAAUAAUGGAAUCACUGUUAUCGGAGAAAGACUCACAAAUAGCAUUGCUAGAAGUAUUUGGUGCAAAAUCACAGCAACAGGUUGAAAGAUUAGAUAUUCUUCGUAGUGAUAGAUCUAGAUUAAAUCAACGCCUAAAAGUGGAGAGUGAAAAAUCGAUAAAUGUUUUAUUAAAAUACGAUGUAGCCGAGGAAGAACUGCUCCGACUGUUAAAAUUAAAGGAACCAAUUUUAGAUGAUCACGACUAAAACUCACCAACAAACAAAAACUAGAAAUAAAAUCUAAUGUUUUACAGACUUCUCACCACAAAUAUAAUCAAAAGAAAAGAAAUGAAGAAAAGAUAAGUUUUCAUUCCUGUACAUAAAGUGGUACUGGUACUGGUACUGACGAUAUAUUUUUCAUUUUUUCAUCUUCAUUUUUGACAUAAGCCAAAACACACCAUUAAAAUAUAAAAUGCAUAAUAAUAACAUCAUAUAGAUUUCAGGUGUAUACAUGGCUUGUUAAAAAAAAACAAAACAUCCAUAUCAAUCACAACCAUCAAAAUAGUGCAUAAAAUUUCAUUUGUUUGUUUUAUAUUUUUGAAAAUUCAUCCAUCCUUUUGCAUAUUAAAACAUAAAUUUACUUAAAUGUUCUUGUUCAUCUAGAUUCGUAUUUAUAUACCUAGAAAAUGAAGUAGUGCUCUUCUGGAUAAAUAAAGAUUGCUAAUUUUUGUUGCUUUACACAUUUUCCAUUCGAAAGUUCAAUUUUUUCCUCCUUUAACCAAAUUCUUUCCAAUUUUUUUUACCUGUAAUAGAUAGACACAAAAAAGAGCGGUAAACCGUCUUUGAGUAUACUUGAAAUAAACACCAAUAUACUACGUCUUAGUAUAAAUUACAAUGCAUCACGUAUACUAUACACUGAGUGUAUUACACUCAUUACAAAGCAAUAAUAAUUUUAGGUUUGUUUUCAUUUGCAAAAAAAAAUCUUUUGCUUUAACAUUUCAUUACCGCACCAAUUUUAUAAAUCCUAGAUAACAUUGUGAAUGAAAUCGACUCUACUCCAUACUAUAGCCAGCUUUAAGCGUCUCAGGGAUGUUCUUUGAAUACAAAUUUCCAUUUUACAUUGUCAAUGAUAAAGUCCAGUCAGUCAGCUAUUAAGCUGAUAUUUUUUUGUUGCUUAUUUAUCAUAAUCUUAGCAAUCGUUUUUUCAUCCGGAAAAUCACCCCUACUUAAUCACACUAAAUUCCUUUGGAAAUUAGCAUUUGUUUUUGAAAAUACUAUAGUUUUUGCAUGACAAAAACAUUUUCGUUAAUCUGCUUCAAUCUUCAAAUUACUUUUUCUAAUUAGUUGAUUUUAUUUUGAGCGACCGUAAUUGUGUAAUCGGAAAAUUAAAUGUCUGUCUAUGAAUAAAAUAGAAACAUAAAAUGCUAAAAGUGCAGUAUGAAUACUUGUAUUUGAAUUUAUUAAUUAAAAAAAAAGAAGAAGAAAAUAUUGUCACAAUGGUAAUGCGAUAUAUUUCUUUAAAUUAAAAACACUGCCAUCUACUACAUCUAAUACAUAAUAUGCUAUCAUUGUAAGCAUUGUUUUUCGGUUUUAAUUAUUAUUUUUUUUAAAUUUAUUUUCGUUUCAUAAUUUGCUUUUCGAUUUGCGUUUUGUACAUAUAAGAAGAAAAAACGUUUAAUUGAUUUUGUUAAAUUUCUAUCAAAAUAGGUCGAUAUUAUUGAAUUAAAUUAGAGAAUUAAUUUCGUUUAAUUUAGUUUGUUAAAUAAAAAAAUUAUGUUCUUUAAACAAAAUGUAUCCAUAUCAUCAUGAAGACAAACACCUUUAAAGAAAAAUCAAUAACAAUUGUAAAACCGUAACGAUAUAAAUGUUUAAAUUGUGUAAAAUACAACUUCUAUACAAAGGAUAUUUUGUUAUUUACCAUGUUUCAAACUCUAUAUUUACUUCUCUCUACAUAUAUUUAUCCAUAGAUUAAACAAUUUUUAAAAUACCAACAAAAAAAUAUAUUUAAAAAGAGAAUUCUAAGAAUAUAAAAUCAGUAUUAUUAAAUGUUAAAAACCAUUCUCUUCGCGUGGAUUUGAUACGAUAUUUGUGUUUGAUUUCCUUUGUUUCUUUCUUUCAAUUUUUGAGGAGAACGAGAAAUAUUUUAAUGAAACUUUUCGGUUAACAUUUUUCAUAAUUAAAAAAAAAAAAAUUUUGUUGAAGGAAAGAAAUUCCAUUCCGCUGGUAACAAAGUCAUUGAAGAAAAAUAUAGAGGCAAAAGAAAUGUUCGUAUAAAUAUUAUAAACUGGAAACAUAUUUGGAUAACACAUUUUUAUAUAGACAAUAAAGAAAAACGUGAAAAUGUAUAUCUUACCAUAAACUAGGAUGUACAUAAGUACUUGCUACUUAAAACGCGUAACGUUCACAUGUAAAUAUUAAAUCGUCCAGCAUAAUGUGUCUAACUGACUAUUAAAAUCAUAAUUUUUUUUUCAUUUACUCCAACUGUAUAUUUUGUAUACCAUUUACUAAUCCAAACUUACUCAGUCCCACAUUCUUCGCUUCAAUCUCGUUUAUCAUUUUUGCUCGAUGUUUUCCAAUCCUUUCGUGUUAAUGUUGAAAAAUAAUGAGAUCCGAAAGUUUUUUAUUGGUAGCCAUGAAACGUGAGGUAUGUUGUGCGUUUUCAUUUGCUCUCUUAUCUAAUGAUUUGUUGUUUAAAUAGUAAAAAUACGUUCGAUGAAAGCUGAGAAGUGGUAACAUAAAGCAUGUUAAACUGUAUCCCAGCAUAAUUAGACUUAUGUUAGACAACAACAUAUUUCUUCGAUAAGACAAUUCAAAACGGAAAAAUUAAUUUUUUAUUUAAAUCCUAAAACAAAACUUUCUAUAAGUGAUGAUAAAUUUUUGGAUAUCUCGUUGUUUCGUUAAUUCGUUCGAAAAUUUUUAUUCAAAUAAUUUCUACAUUUUCACAUUUUUCAGCCCCAACAACAGAAUUUCUAAACCCAAAUAUAAUUGAUAUUUUACCUUUAUACCACAUGUAGUGCAAAAAUGAAGUUCAUAAAUGCAUCGAUGAGUAAAAUUAAUGAGAAUUAAAAACAAAAAUUUAAAUUAAAAAAAUGUCAAAGUUUGCACAAUAUUUUUGGAAAAAUGUUUUUCAAAAAUUUCUUAAAUUAAAAAAACAAAAACAAUUUAAAAUUUUAGUCAAUGAUUUUGUGAUAAAAUCAAAAAAGUAAAUUGAAUUUGACAUUUAAGUGAAAUAUAUUUAAUUGUAUCGACAUCUUGUAACCUGAAUACCAUUAAGUACAUAAAAAUUUGUUCAACUUUUGACUUACUGACCUGAUUAACACUUCUUUCAUCGAAGAAGAAAAUACUAGACAAUGUUAUCCUGAUUGUUAAAAUUAUUCUUUAAAUUGUAUUUUUUACUCUUGACGCAAAUUAUAUAUGAACCUGCUUUUUAGUCAACCGCUUUUAGCAUUGAUCUAACGAAUAUCUUGUAAACUUGGCUCCAUCUCUUUGAAUUUGUAACGAAUUAGAGCACAUGGGCGCCAAAUCGUAAAAACAAUUUUAUUGGAACACUAAUUUCUUCAGAUAUUAAAAACAAUGACUCUUGUGUUCAUACCAAUCAUAUUUCGUAUCGAAAAACGUGUAAAAAACUCUCCUUUCGAAAUGAUUUUUAGAAAUAAAAAUUGAUUUUCCUCAAGUUGUUAAGCUAACUGUGGCCUAACCUCAUGAACCUUUAAAGCCAUGUUUAAAAACUGCGGGUAUUCAGAUAUAAGUAAUCGAUAUUUACAUAGUUAUGUGUUCAAUCUAAAGAUACAAACUAGAUGAGAAAGGAGAUAAAUUAUUGAAUCCAUCGUUUAAAAUUUAAAAAAAGGGAAAUAAAGAUGAAGAAAAACAUAUUGCAAUAUUAUGCAAAUAUAAACUUUGUAGGAAAAAAAUGAAACGGUAGUUUAGCGAAUAAUCCUAUUUAGAGAAAUAUAGAAGAAGAAAAGUUAUUGUUAGAAUUGCUCUAUAAAGUAUUUAAAACCAAAAUUGUCGAUGAAUAAUUGAGAAAAAAUAUUUAAUUGAAAGUGAACAGAGCCGAAAAUAAUAAAAAAAUAUUAAAAACAAUAAAGUUAUGUAUACAAAACCAAUAAUUCAUUAUCAUUAAACAACUGAUUAAAUAAAUAAAUUUAAAGCAAGAAACUUAUAUUUAAAAACACAUAUCUCGGACUCACUACAAAAUAUAAAAGAAAUAGUAAAUUAAAAAGGUGUAAUAAGUCAAAAAGAAAAAAAAAAUUAUACGCAUGAAUUUGUAACAACUUAACUUAAAAAAUUGAAAAUUAUUCAUGUCAUGGUAUGUUUCGUAUGUGUAAAGUAAAGUAAUGGAAUAAUUUAAACAUCUAAAUAGUAAAAAAAGUAAUGUCAUUAAUAGCUAGAAUUUAAAUAUAAAAGAUGGAAAAGAAAACAUACAAAAAAUCCAGAAAUUUUGCCUACGUAAGACACUACACACAUCAUCAACAAACAAAUAAAAAAAAUUAUUAGAAUUUAAACGAAAAAA